CCAUUUUCAAACUCGAUCUGUCAAAUUUUCCCGCCAUGGGUGCGUCACUGCGCGUCUCGAUUGUUUUACUUGGAGUUUUGCUUAUCACCACCUGCUAUUCGGCAAGGAUUCCAAAUAAUUUCGAUCCACGUCUCACGGAUGAGAUAAUAGCGCCAAAGAAGAGACCGUUCUGCAAUGCUUUCACAGGAUGUGGUCGCAAAAGGUCAAUGAACCCUCCCGGAAUGCCUCUGCAAGGAAUGAUGCGAUCAAGACAGUUUGAAGAAGACAACUACGACACAGAUAACUCCUUAGAAGACCUUUCCCGCCAAAUUUUAUCUGAAGCAAAACUGUGGGAAGUGGUACAAGAAGCCAGCGCCCAAAUUGCCAGACGAAACCAAAAAGAAGCGUUACUUUAAAUGUCAAAUGUCAGUGGCACAGACUAAUUCAUUCCUGUCCCUUUCUUCUUUUGUCGAUUUAUUUUGUCAAUAUCUAUAAUAAAUCAUGUUAUAUUUGUCAAACCUUUGUUGGCACGACGUGAAUGUUAUUAUAAUAGACAAAUUGGUAAUGCACGUCGUUGUCAAUAAAAUAAUAACUAUUUUAUGUUCCCCUCAGUUGGGAGUUGUGUAAGCAAACUUUCAACAAUUAUAAUACGUAAUAAAAAAAAUAUUCUUAUGAUUAUUACAGUUCUAAUCAUAUAUAUAUUACUUUAUUAUUAAAAUUCUCACUUAUAGAAAUUAAUUUACGUAUUUAGACAUCAUUAUUUGUAGAAGUAAAACCAUUAUUAUGUAUCUUCAAUUCGAAUGUCUGUGUCAAAAAGAAAACAAAAUGGCUGACUCCAUUGGUAGAUUACAGACUGCGUCCGUAGCGUUUUCAUGUAAUUUUCGCGCCAAACGCGGCAAAGAAAAAAAAACUUUUAUUCUUGUACUAAACUAGGAGGUGACAUUGUAUAUAUUUAAGAAUUCUUGCAUUCCGACAUGUUUUAUUAUCUGUGUAUCACGAUGUGAGACAAAUAAUUUCGUUCAUAAUCUGUACUAAAAGCAAUUUUUCGAAAAUUAGGUUGUCUUUAUUAAUAAAACUCGUACUGUUUACUCUCGUAGUUGUAAGUAAUGUUAAUAUUGUUCAAAUCGGAGAGAAAUAAAGUCUUCAUUGUAA